AUGGAAGUCGACUCGCUAAAUGGAAGCAAGUACUUGCUACUGAUCGUCGAUGAAGGUAGCGGAUGUAUGAAGGGUUUCAGUCUGCGCGCCAAGUCCGACAGCGAAGAGUGCAUCAAGAAGUACAUCAUGGCAGUACAGACGCAGUUUAACUACAAGGUCAAGUUCAUUCGACACGAUGGUGCACGGAAAUUUUCGACAGGAUUGCUCAAGGCAUUCUACGACGAUCAAGGCAGCAAGUUGCCGUUCCACAUGCGCAUCAGACCAACGGCGCGGCGGAACGGGCAAUUCGGACCAUUGUUACGAUCGAGCGCAGUAUGCUUCACUACGCCAAUCUGGACAAGUGUUUUUGGGCUGAAGCAGCAAUGA